CGGUGCGAAGGCCGCCGGCCCUGGAGCAGCCGUUCCUGUCACCUCACGCGGGGCCGGGGCUGCAGCCACCCACACACUCGCCCGCGUAAAACUGUGUGGGAAAUUGUUUCUGAGGGCGGAUCGCGACCCCCCCGCAGGUGCUGUUCACAUGCAGAGCUGCAAGGCGCUCAGGACGAGACUAGGUUAGAAAAUGCCAGUGAUUGUCAGUAGUGAGAAACAGAGCUCUACAUCCACCAUGUUGCCCUGUGGACCAGCUUUGUCCUUUGUUCGGUGUCUGGUGCGGAAGAAGAAUGUCAGUGGUGAAAGUCUUGAGGACUCCAAGUUGUGCCGAUGCUUAUCAACAGUGGACCUUAUAGCCUUGGGAGUAGGAAGUACCCUUGGUGCUGGUGUUUAUGUCCUUGCUGGAGAAGUAGCCAAAUCCGAUUCUGGACCUAGCAUCGUUGUUUCUUUUCUCAUUGCUGCGCUGGCAUCUGUGAUGGCAGGUCUCUGCUACGCUGAGUUUGGUGCUCGUGUUCCCAAGACUGGCUCUGCGUACUUGUAUACUUAUGUAACUGUUGGCGAACUGUGGGCUUUUAUCACGGGUUGGAAUCUCAUUUUAUCGUAUGUUAUAGGUACAUCAAGUGUAGCAAGAGCCUGGAGUGGCACCUUUGAUGAACUUCUUGGAAAACAGAUUGGUCAUUUCUUCAGAAGCUACUUCAAAAUUAAUUACUCUGGGCUAGCAGAGUAUCCUGACUUCUUUGCUGUAUUCCUGAUAUUACUUCUAUCAGGUCUUUUAUCUUUUGGAGUAAAAGAAUCUGCAUGGGUGAAUAAAAUUUUCACUGCCAUUAACAUCUUAGUCCUACUCUUCGUUAUGAUUUCUGGUUUUGUGAAAGGAGAUGCUGACAACUGGAAAAUAAGUGAAGAAUAUCUCAUAAACCUGACUGCAGUAACAGAGAAUUGCUCGUCCUAUGAGAAUGUGACAAGUAUGUAUGGGAGUGGUGGCUUUAUGCCAUAUGGUUUCACAGGAACAUUGGCUGGUGCUGCAACCUGUUUUUAUGCUUUUGUAGGAUUUGACUGCAUUGCAACAACUGGAGAAGAGGUCAAGAAUCCUCAGAAAGCCAUACCCAUAGGAAUUGUGGUGUCCCUGCUUGUCUGCUUCAUGGCCUAUUUUGGGGUUUCGGCUGCAUUGACACUUAUGAUGCCAUACUAUCUACUAGACGAGAAAAGUCCUCUGCCAGUAGCAUUUGAAUAUGUUGGAUGGGGUCCUGCAAAAUACGUUGUAGCAGUGGGAUCCCUCUGUGCUUUGUCUACAAGUCUUCUUGGAUCCAUUUUCCCAAUGCCACGUGUAAUCUAUGCUAUGGCGAAGGAUGGGUUGCUUUUCAAAUGUCUAGCUCAAAUCAGUUCCAAAACGAAGACCCCACUAGUUGCUACUCUAUCGUCCGGUGCAGUAGCAGCUAUAAUGGCAUUUCUGUUUGACCUAAAGGCUUUAGUGGACAUGAUGUCUAUUGGUACACUUCUUGCUUAUUCACUUGUGGCAACCUGUGUCCUCAUUCUUAGGUACCAACCCAGUUUAAUCUAUGAGCAACCAAAAUAUUCUCCAGAAAAAGCAGCUUUGGCUGCAUCUGAAAAGGCAUCUGCAGUAAGUGAAUCACAGAUAAAUAUGAUACAAGAAAAUCACUUCAGUCUUCAGGCCCUGAUUAAUCCAUCCAGUUUACCCACUGAGCAGACUGCAACUACUGUUAACUUUUUAGUGGGUCUUUUAGCUUGCUUGGUUUGUGGCUUGAGUGUCCUCACUACAUACGGGAUUCAUUUUAUUGCUAACUUGGAGCCCUGGAGUGUUGGCCUUCUUGCUGUGUUGGUGGCGUCCUUCAUAGUUACCAUUCUCCUCAUCCAAAGGCAGCCUCAGAACCAGCAGAAAGUGGCCUUUAUGGUUCCACUAUUGCCAUUUUUGCCAUCAUUCAGUAUCCUGGUAAAUAUUUACUUGAUGGUACAAUUAAGUGGAGACACUUGGAUCAGAUUUAGCUUCUGGAUGGCACUUGGCUUUCUCAUUUACUUUGCUUAUGGCAUCAGACAUAGUCUUGAAGGUCAUCGUAGCGAUAGAGAUGACGACUUCUGUUCAGAAAAUAGUGGGCUGCAAGAAAAGAACCCUGUGGAAGAAGUGGAUGAACCUGAAAAUGCAAAUGAAAGUGAUCAAUUUCUUGCACAUGAGAGGACAAGUGAAUGCUAAUCUACGCAAACAUACAAGUCUUUUAAACCUUUAAUUGACAUUUUACUUGCGGACUGAAAUUUCAAAAGCUUUCUGCCAACACUGUGCCUCUUGAAAGUGUUUACUACAAGGCCUGGCUUAUAUUUUGGACAAGCUGCUAAUCCAUCUUCAUCAUUUCAGAACCGACAGCAUGGAUAUUAAUAUUUAAAUUAAACAAACAAGAGAACUAUCCUUUGGCAAGCAAAAACCUGGAUGCAUUGUUUGAACUAUCAUCCAAAAUCACUGGCAAUCACACAAUAUGAAGAAUUUUAGAACUGCCUGCAAGAAGUUCUGAAUAUUUGACACUACAUUGUGAACACAAGUGCCUCUCAUACCUUCUCCUUACCUCUGUUACAUGUUUGGGUCACAAUCUAAUAGCUCUUUUCUUUCUACAGAAAUAACUCUCAUGGGAGAUAAAUUGCAGACAGACCUGGAAAGUAUUUGCAAAACAAAUGGUAAUUGUACAGAUCUGAUACUUUGUAAAAAGUAGAGGAUCACGUAUUUAUGUAAAAAGAAUUAAUUGCUUAUCUUUACUUAUCAGCAGUCAUGGAGAAUUCAAACAGUAAAGAUAUUUCAAAGGCUUUUAGUCCCUCUAAAUAGUAUUGAAGAUUUGUAUUUACGCGAAUUCUUUUCUUUUCAGAGAUGCUGGGUGUAUAAAGUAAUACUCCCAAGAUAAGCUAUGUUGUUUUCUGCAAAAGCAUGUGGGUAAUAAUCUGUUGGUCACAGUAUUGACAAUGACAUUUGUAUAUGAUUUAGCAAGUAUUGAGCUUUUGAUUUCAGAAGGGACAGGAUUUUAUUCCUGACUACAUAAUUUGAUACUUACAUACAGAAGUCAUCAAGUUUUCCUCCUUACUACUCAUUUAUCCCCUUCUAUACUUUCUUCUUUACCAUGUGCCAGAGCUGAUAUUUCCGAGAUUAGCUGUUACACAUUGCUUCUCAGAUAAUUAAUGCACAAAAUCCCAGCCGCCUUUUCAGAUGGAAGAGGAGGCUAAAAAAAAAUAGAGGUGCAGGCUUUAGGAAAAAUCCUUGUCAAAACAGUAUUUCAGUGCUUCACUAAGCCUUAAUCAUAUGUUAGCACAGCAUUUUUUCGUGAGCCAAGCCUACACCCACAAGUCCAUUCAUGUGGGUAGGAUGUCCAAAUGCUAAUUUGUAUAAAGAACUGAAUCGUUGCAGCAGUGGAGGGUGAACAAUUAUUUUAAAGCUGGUGAAAACUGAAACUGUUCUUUUUUUCAACAUAAAAGUUAUGUUCUCAAAGGCAUCCAGAUAUUUUAACACUUUUUCUCAGCAAGUAGUAGGCUCAAGUCCCAGGAAGGAUUCCAUAGUAUGAAGCUAUUUUGCAGGAAUGUGUUUAUAAAAAUAAUUGCCCUAAAGUACUUUGUUGUGGAGAGUUGCAAUGUGUGGCCAGUACUAAUCAUUGGUAUUAAUCUCUUGUGUUAGGUAUAAGAACUUUAGAUCCUGUGAGACCUAUGUUGGUUGACAGUGAAAAGCACCUUACUUUUUAUAAUAGCUGGAAUUUCACCAAAAAGAAAAAGACACAAAAAAACCACCCCCCCACCCCCCAAAAAAAACCCCAAAAACCAACAAACACAACUGGUUAACCUGUUUUCCUGUUCUUUUUUCAUAGAAUCAUGCUUUUUAAUCUUAAAAUGACUUCUGUUGUUCUAAGAGAGUAGCAUGCCUAAAUGUUGAAGCGCAGAAGUAGUGCUUCUGGGCAAAGAACCCUGAAAUGGGUUGGUACCCCACCGUGGAGCAUGUCUGAGGUUUUCAGCCUGAUGUCUUUCCUCUCAGCUUGAGCUGGGAGGAGGGGGCCCUGCAGCGCUGGCAGCAGCGAGUGGACAGAUGUGCGCUGCUGCACCAGCGGCACCUGCUGGUACUGCGCAAGCUGGAAAGGUGAGGCAUGCAUCAGGUAGAACACCUACCUCUUAGCUGAGGUUCCGGCGUAUGCAUCCUCUACCUGCAACUGCAGAUGUCCUGAGGAGCGUUGUUGUAGCGAUUGCUGGUCCUUAAAAACGGGUGGGACACAGAGGAUGAGGAGAAACUAUAGGGUAGGUGGCAGAGGUUUACUGUUGGUUAACAUAUCCUAAUCCAUCCUGAACUGACCGUAAAUUAUAGCCACUUCUUUCCACAAUUCAUCAUCGUUUUACAAAUGCCAUUAAAGAAAGACUCAAAUCUCAUAUUAGAUUUAUUUUCUGUAUAUAUUAAAAAUAUAUAUAAAUAUGUGUUCUCUCUAUAUAGAUAAUAUAAGUAGAUUAUGUGCUAAGUAAGUAUUUGGUCGAAAGGUAUGGAUAGGAAUUUUCAGGGCAGUUCUUAGAGCUAUUGAUAAUUUUCAAUACCUCUCUAUUCAGUGAAUGAAAGAGCUGUCUGUGUCAGUUGGAUCUGCUGUCAAAAUUGUACUUCUCAACUUGGGCCCAUUUUUAUGCUGAAAAUGACAAAAGAACUAUACAUUCUUGUUUGAAAUAUUAACAAUUUAAGACUUUCCUGGUUCUUGAAAGGAAUCCAAUGUGGUAAUUCUUAGAUAUGUCAAACCAAAGGUUUUAUUUAUAAGUAACCAAAAAAUUGAGUAAACGAAUGCAUGUUCUGUUGUUUUCAAUCCCACAAGUAUUUUAAACAGAGAAACUGAUGCUUUUCCUCAUCAGUGACGACUCAGUCAAGAGCAUGGCUUCUUCAGUGGUUAUACUUUCAGAGGACAUUGCUAACCUGUCUUGUCCAGUACUCUUAAAUCCUCAGCUGCAAAAAAUGCCAUUGCUGUGGGAGCAAGCCAGCGGUGGUCCAGUAAAGCUUUUGCACGAUGUCUUUACAAGCCUACAGUGAAACACAGCUCUUUUAAAACUCAUUACACAUCUUGGUGUGUGGGAAGCAGAGAUUUACUUUUUCCUAUGGCUGCUGGUGGUGCAGAGCAGGCGAGCCAGGCUCCCAAGGUGCAAACUGCUGCUGUUCUGUGAUGUGCAAGGAAGACCCCACUCUCUCCCAAGGCCAUCAUAUAGAAUGUAUGUGUGCACGCCUGUCUGUAUGUUUGCAUCUGUCUGACGUAAGCCCAUAGUGAUUUUGAUGUACUGGUUAAAAUAAUUUCUAUACUGCACUGGAAUUUUCCUUUGAAGGAAUACUGUCAAUAGAACAAACUUCUGACGAAAGCAAGUUCUAGCUAAGCCUUCUGGAGAUAAAUAAGCUAGAAAAUUUAUUUUCUUGAAUUAUGUAAUGAAUGUGUCAGCACUUUGUGUAUUGACAGUUUCCCCUCUCAUUUGUAUGAAUAUUUCUUCCCCCCCUUGUUAGAGAAAUGAAUUAUAUGAAAAUAGAAGAAUGUGCCUGUACAAAUGUUGCUAAGGGAUAUGGGAGCAGCUGCAGCACAGGAACUAUCCACUUAACUAAUGAGAUACAAAAUUAAAUUAAAGGAAACUCACUGGGUAUUCUUGGUUGCUUCAAGUACGUAAAGCUUAUUUAUAUGUGUAUAUAGUUCAAGUCAUUAUUAGUCAGUGGCUGAGUAAGAACAAGCCAGAGGUAAAAUAUUUAUGGUAAUUUUGGUAUGCAUUUUUAUAGGCAGUCUUGAAAUUCCAGAUGCUUUAGUGGGACUUUGGAGCAGCAAAGGACAUGACAUGCUAGUCCUUACACAGGAGCCAUGUACGAAACAAAUCCCAAUUUUGUUCUCGCGUUUGCUGUAUGUCUGUGUUUGCUGAGAGAGCAGCUGAAAGCACAAGUCCAGUAGAAUUAAUUGUUAUUUUUUAACAUAGUUUUUGAUAUUUAAAAUUGUUCUGUGCAAAUAAUAAUGGUAUGUGUUAAUACAAAAUACCUGCUAUUGGAGGUAGCUUAUUGUUGUGUAUUUCCUUUGUAGAAAAAAUCCUCCGAAACCUUUAUUUGCAAUGGUACAUUCUGGAUAUGCCUUUAGACAGAGGAAUUAUUCUUAUCUAGAUGGAUUUAAGAAAGUAAGCCAAAGCAUAUUUAAGGGAGAACAAAUCAAUCUUUUUAUUCUGAAGGGUAAGAGUUAUAAAACAUUUCUGUAUAACUCAUGUUAACUGAAGUGAUCUUGUGGUGUAUCAGUUCUAACUCUGCAAUAGGAAAAUUUAUGAGGUAUCUUAGAUUUCAUUGUCUGUUGUCCUGAAUAAAAGUGUUCUGUUGAUAAUACUAAGUAUUUUUCCUGCACACAAAUGCCAAUUAGAUUCCUGAAAUCUGUCAUAUUCUGUUCAUGUCACCAUAUGUUAAAGCCAUUUAUAUUACCUGCUGUUAGAGAAUUACCAGUAAUAAUUGUCAAUAGCAGUGAUAUGGGUUACUUAUGUACCUAUAUGAAUUUAACUAUGCCAUCCAGAAAGUUUAAAUGAUACAAUGAAUUUAAAGGCAAAACUUGUUAAAGCUUAAAUAUAUAUUCUGUAUUUUAUUAGAUGAUAAAUGUAAAAGCCUAGCCACCUUUCCCCUAAAAUUUACAUAUAUUUUUAAGACAUAAAUGGCGUACUGUUUUCAUGCAGGUUUUAGUAAGUGCCAAUAUCAGAUGUGCCAUAAGCAUCCCGAGAUGCUAAAAGCUGAGCAACCUGGGUGAAAUCUGUGACAGUGCAGGUAAUCUGUGUGGGACUGUGCAAUUGUUUUAAUCAGGUGUGAUGCCUUUGACAUCGAGGUGCAUUUUGCACAGCAGGAAUUUAAUUCACAUGAUGGCUGGCAUGUGUUACUUGAUUACACAAAAAAGAAAAUAAAAGCACCUUUUAAUGCUCUUGGGCCCCAAUUCUUUCUAGACUUGCCAGGACAGGCAGCUUGUACAAACUGUAGUGUGCUCAUUGAAAGCACUGAGAUUACUCAGCGUUAGGCAAAUAUCUAUUUUGCAGAAAGAGCAGGUGGUAUUUCCUAUAGUGUAGGGUCUUUGCAUUUGUUUUAAAUUUCCUGUACCUUUAGUAUUUCUUUCUGGUAUAUGUUUUGAGGACCUCUGCAUUUUUAAUAGUUGGACCUUUCCAAAGAUAACAUCUUUACCAUCUCCUGAUCUGUUUUCCAUUCAAUUAUAGAAAUCAAACUCCUUAACAUUUGCCAAGUUAAAGGAUUUCUGUGUGUAGACAUGCAUUACAUAGAACUAUGUAUAUAUAUAUCAUUAUCUUUAUUGUCAACUGGACAAAUUCUGUUGUCUUUGUAUGUUUUAAUUGAGCCUUGUGCCAGGUAAAGUCCAGCUUCACCAAGCUGGAGUCAGGACUUGGUGAAGCUGGAGUCAGGACAAAGGAUAAAAGGAUUUGAAUGUUUAAGAGGGCUUUUUUCUUUUGUGUUACCAGACAGUAAAGCAUGAAAUGUUACGUAUCUUUAAAAAUAGUUAUGUGCGCAUCAUUUUAAAGAACAUCAGUGUUCAUAUCCAUUUUAACUUUUUUGUUCAUAUGUACAUUGUAAUGAUUAUUUCUGUAUUAUAUGCUGCUGAGCAUUUAAUAUGUAGAUAGAACUAUUAUGAUGCAACUUAAACUACAAAAUUGUGUUUCUUUGAAGUGUUCUACCAAAAUAAGAAGUCUUGAAUUUUUAUGAAAGUAAAAAUGCUUAUAUUUAAGAAUAUGGUGCUUGUCUUUCCACUUUUACAAUAGAAUUGUAAUGAGCAGUAUUUUUAGUUACCUUAGUUCCAAAUUCUAAUGGAAAUUACAUGGCUCUUCAUUUACUGUAAAAUGUGCUUCAUGGGAUAACAACUGUGCAUUUGUUCCAUAUUUUUUAAAUAAAACCGAGUAUCACUUGUAUGUA